UUAACGCAAUCUCACACCACCAAACUCACCCCUCCUAAUCCCGAAACUCCUGACCCGGAUCCAUCGAAUUUUCGCUCCGAUGUUCAGUCCCCAGCUUCGGAUCUUCCCAAGACCUCGCCUACUGCGACAGCCUUUGAUUUCUGGGACGAAGAUGAAUUCGAAGGCCUACCGACUGAGCAACCCACUUCGGACACUCCUACUGCUAAGGGAAAUGCCAAACCUAUUAGCAAUAGUUCGGAAUCAACUGUUUCUCCGAAGCCUGAGAAUGUCAAGGGUUGGCGUUCGUUUUGGAUUGAGAUUGUUUGCGGAGGUUUUCUGAUCAUAUUUGCCGUCAAUUACUUCUAUGGGAAGCGCGAGAACGAGAAUAUCGCUCUUGCCUGGGCUGCGCAAUUCGCUGCCAAGGAUUCAAUUUUCGAGAAGAAUUUUAGUCUUGUGGGGAUUGGGGAAGGUGGUGAUGACUCUCCAUUGUUGUUGAAAGAAGGGCAAACGAUAUUCAAGUUCUACGCCAGCGGUAGAAGGUAUUGCCAGGGGCUGUUGGCUACGAUAGAGUUGAAGAGUAGGCAGGAUCUGUUAUCGAGAAUAUACAACAUGAUCGUGCCCACUAGGGACGAGAUUACGUUUGAGGCGUACAUGAAUGAGGAUGCUAUGGACCACGUGGUGUUUGCCAUGGCAAAGAAGAAAGCUGCAAAAUCUAUGCAGAAGGAUGAGAGGGAUUUGCAGAGGUUUGCGAGUCUUCUUUCGCCUCCGAAUGGGAAAAAGUGGGUAGCUGAGGAAUUGGCUGUUAUUUCAGAAUCAAAAGAAGUGGCUGCUGAUUUGAUUACCGAGGCGGUGCUUGACCAGGUAUUCGGUGACAAAGCUUUCGAGAAAUGAAAAAGUUUCAUUUCUAUACAUUUCUCUGAUCAACACCCAGCUAUCCACAGGAAGGUGUUGGUGUUCAAGUUUGUGCUUCCAGGUGCUAACAACAUGGCUGAUAUAGCACGACUGCUGGCUCUUGUGCCUUAUUACAUUGAUUUGAUCGGAAGAUAUAAAUUAAGUUCUCAGGCUCGGUCCAAGACAGAGGCUGCCCGAUUAAAGGUUGCUCAAGAAAUACAAAAGGAACUUCAUAAUGCCCGGCAAGAAGCCAUUCAGAGAAAAAAGGCUGAAAGGAAAAAGAUGAUGGAAGAGGCUGAGGCGAAGCUCAGUGCAGAGGCUACGAAGAAAGAAGUGAAAGAGCGUACUCGUCAGACGAAAAAGGCCAUGCCAAGGAUGAAAAUGACCCGUGGUUCCUAGUGUUUGAAGUCUCUCAAGUCUCCCGGUUCACGUUUAAAUCUCAUGUUCUUGCCAGGACCAUGCCUUCAGAAUCAUAGAAGGUUCCAAUCUGCCCUUCGACCUUCAUAAAAUUGCAGUUUUGUAGUUUGCAUGACUGAUAUAAUUUAGCUAGAGAUUCAUACCUGCAUCUUGAUAAGAUUUUGUGUGGAACAAAAUCUGAAAUUCUGAAAUAUAUUUACAUUUUUUUUCUUUUGCUCCUAUGAUAGUCAUUGUUCCUGGGCGACAAGAUUAUAUUCCCUUUUAUAUUUCUUUUGCA